AUGGUCCACAUGAAGGAGUCGAAGAUCGGGGGUUGCGCAUGUGUGUUAGUAUUGCUGUUUUCUGGGCUGGUAGCCUGUUCUGGUGCGUUUGGGAACCCUCUGACUGACGAUGUGGCCACGUUGGACACACUGAGAGAAAAUAUUCCAAAGGAUUACAGAAUUCGUAUUCGUUACAUUCCCAAAGACGUGGGAGGACUGUGCUGGCUUCACCUGAACCUAUAUCCAGCAGAGAGCAGUUUAAAGAGCUUAGCCCUCAAGUUUGGCAACCUCUCCACCAAUAGAGAAAAUAUCACUAUGUUUAUUACCAUGCUGCAAGGGCUUCGUUUCCCCAUUGACAAUGAAGAACUGGAGGUAACAAUGCAGGCCUUUAAAUGCCAUUACCGAAGUGCGAGAUGGUCCACCAAGCAUUAUUUUGAUCAUGUCAAGGAGGUUCUUCAAAUGUUUGCCUCAACACCACAUCAGUUUAACUGUACGCCUCCCCCUUGUCGUACCUCUACUGCACCGCCCAUUACACCAGGUCGACAUGUGAUUGACAGAGCAGUUACCAGCACACUAGCACUGCUCGCUAUUCCUUUCAUUGCAGCACUGGCACUCUUUAUCAGAACAGCACUCCGACGAAACAGGCUUGAAACUGCAUCCAGUUUAUCAAGUGCUGAUGGCACAGAGACACACAGUGACCCUCAAGUCAGCAGACAAGCUUCACACAAUGACCCUGAAUUAUGUUCCCUAAAUGAACAAAACAGGGUGCAGCACGAUACCAUUCAGGUUGGAGACACAGCAGUUUAA